AUGGCGGCGUCCACAGCGACCGAAGAAAGUUACGACGAGGAUUACGAUUAUCGCGGUGGUAGAAGAAAGAAGCCUUGCAGAGCGUGCUCGGAUUUCAAGGCUUGGGCCAAGAGCAAAGGCGGAAGUACUUCCAAGCCAGCGGUGGCCGAAGCCGGUGCGACGGCCGAGUGUCCACCCGACCGGUCCGAACUGGGCCGGUGCACGUGGUCCCUUCUGCACUCGGUGGCCGCCUACUAUCCCAAGAGGCCCAGCGCGGAGCAGCAGAGGGACGCCGAGCAGUUCUUCCGGCUGUUCGCCAGGCUCUACCCGUGCAAGGAAUGCGCGCAAGACUUCCGGGCUGAGCUCGAAUCCAGCCCUCCGCGCGUGACGAGCCGGGCGGAGCUGGCACAGUGGCUCUGCGAACAGCACAAUGUUGUCAACCAGAAGCUGGGCAAACCCGAGUUCGACUGUUCCCGAGUCGACGAGAGGUGGCGCCGCGGUUGGGACGACGGAUCGUGCUCCUGAUUGGUGGACGCUGACGACGACGAACUCCAGACCCACAGUCCUUCCAUUCCGAACAGUUGUGACGUGUCGACGAAAGUUGUGACGUGUAUAUACACUGUUUUCGAGUGUGUGUAGACGACGGAGGACCUGAUGCCGCUGCCUAAUGCAGUGACAUCAUUUCCGUCGAACCGAGUGACCUGCUAUAGCGCUAGUAAUUAUGCGGGUAUCGUUGAAUAUAAACACGGAUAAAAUUU